CGGCGCCGCCGAGAAAGCAAAUCCAACAGAUCAAAUCCCCCACGACAAAGAAAAAAAAAACCUUAUUCACCGAACCCCCCACUUUGAUCUCUCUCGCCCAGGACACGAAAUCAGGAAUGGCGGCCGAGGAGGGAACCGUGAUCGCGUGCCACACCAAGGCCGACUUCGACGCCCAGAUGGCCAAGGGCAAGGAGACCGGGAAGCUGGUGAUCAUUGACUUCACUGCUUCCUGGUGUGGUCCUUGCCGCACCAUAGCCCCAGUCUUCGUUGAGUACGCGAAGAAGUUCCCUGGUGCCAUCUUCCUGAAAGUAGAUGUUGACGAGCUGAAGGAAGUUGCAGAAGCAUACAAGGUUGAGGCAAUGCCAACCUUCCUGUUCUACAAGGGUGGCGAGAAGGUCGACACUGUUGUUGGUGCCAGGAAGGAUGACAUCCAGACCAAGAUCGUGGCCCUCACUGGUUCUGCAUCCGCCUAACAAGGAAACGAAAAGGCGAUACUGUUAUCAAUAAUGGCCAGGAUCUGGUGUAGUGGUUAUCGUUGUUCAUCUGCUUGGCUUAGUUGUAACCAAAGUUUGUGUUGAUUCAGUUUAGAGUUUGGGACUUCAGAUGUGUCGUGAUGGAUGAUUUGGAAUUUCUGAUGUUUUGAUACAGUCGCUUAUGUGGAAGUUUGGUUCUGAGUUUUUGACUACUUUGUCUGAA